AUGGGAGAACCUCAAGUGCAGCUCCCCAUAAUAGAGUCAGAUGGAGCCAAAGAAUUGACGGAAUCUAACGCGGGCAGGGAAGAAAAUCCCAACGGAGAUGCUAAUGAUGUCCCUAAUCAACCAGAGACUGAAGUCAAAAACCAAAGGAGACAUCAACGUUGGUUAAGAAUAGCCUUGUACGCUGUUCUUGUGUUGGUGGGCCAAUCAGCUUCAACCCUAUUGGGAAGGCAGUACUACCAACAAGGUGGAAAGAGCAGAUGGAUAGGAACACUCGUCCAGCUUGUGGGUUUCCCUAUUCUGCUCCCAUUUUAUUGUAUUCCUGCUUCCAAACACUCCAUUACUGCGACAAACAACAUUAAUCACAAUCAGAAGCAACCUUCUGUGUCAAUGUUGGCAUUUGUGUAUGCCUCCCUUGGUUUACUUGCUGCAUUAAACUGUUACUUAUACUCUAUAGGUCUCUCUUACCUUCCUGUCUCUACAUAUUCCAUCAUUUGCUCAUUAGACUUAGCCUUCAACUCAUUCUUCUCCUUCUUCCUUAACUCACAGAAAUUCACACCUUACAUCAUAAACUCUCUGGUCCUUCUAACAAUCUCCUCCAUCCUACUUGUGUUUGAAACCGAUGAUUCUUCUUCUUCUUCUUCUUCUUCAGAAUCAUCCUCACAAAUUUCAAAGAAGAAGUAUGUAAUAGGGUUCAUAAGCACAGUUGGUGCUUCAGCUGGGUAUGGACUGGAGUUUUCUCUGACACAAUAUGCAUUCAGGAAAGUUCUGAGAAAUGAAAACUUCAGGGUGGUGUUGGACAUGUUAGUGUAUCACUCACUGGUUGCAACUUUGGCAACAAUGGUGGGAAUGUUUGGUAGUGGGGAUUUCAAAGGAUUGAAGGCAGAAAUGGAGGAGUACAAGAUGGGGAAGGCAAGUUAUGUGAUAAUUUUGAGCUUCAGUGCUAUAACAUGGCAGCUUUAUACAGUGGGGUAUCUGGGUUUGAUUCUAGAGGUGUCUUCUUUGUUCUCUAAUGCCAUUAGUGUUGUGGGUUUUCCAAUUGUGCCUAUUCUGGCUGUGGUGAUAUUUCAUGAAGCAAUGCAAGGCUUGAAGGCCAUACCAUUGGUGCUUGCUCUCUGGGGCUUUUGCUCAUAUAUCUAUCAGCAAUAUCUGGAUGAAAUCCAACCCAAUACUAAAGUCAGAAAAAGUGGAGAUUCUCUUAGAGGUUCACCAUCUCAAGAUUUGAAUGAAUGA